AAUAUAGGUGCCUCUAACUGGGCCGUGAUGAGCGAAUUUACCCGUGUUUACCUCCUGGAAGUCCGCGGAUUUUUUUUAAACUAUUUUCUAAGUGUUUAUGGAUCCAUGCGUGCGCAAGGAUGAUUUUUAAGGUUUGUAUCCGAAUAUAGGUGCCUCUAACUGGGCCGUGAUGAGCGAAUUUACCCGUGUUUACCUCCUGGAAGUCCGCGGAUUUUUUUUAAACUAUUUUCUAAGUGUUUAUGGAUCCAUGCGUGCGCAAGGAUGAUUUUUAAGGUUUGUAUCCGAAUAUAGGUGCCUCUAACUGGGCCUUGAUGAGCGAAUUUACCCGUGUUUACCUCCUGGAAGUCCGCGGAUUUUUUUUAAACUAUUUUCUAAGUGUUUAUGGAUCCAUGCGUGCGCAAGGAUGAUUUUUAAGGUUUGUAUCCGAAUAUAGGUGCCUCUAACUGGGCCUUGAUGAGCGAAUUUACCCGUGUUUACCUCCUGGAAGUCCGCGGAUUUUUUUUAAACUAUUUUCUAAGUGUUUAUGGAUCCAUGCGUGCGCAAGGAUGAUUUUUAAGGUUUGUAUCCGAAUAUAGGUGCCUCUAACUGGGCCGUGAUGAGCGAAUUUACCCGUGUUUACCUCCUGGAAGUCCGCGGAUUUUUUUUUAAACUAUUUUCUAAGUGUUUAUGGAUCCAUGCGUGCGCAAGGAUGAUUUUUAAAGUUUGUAUCCGAAUAUAGGUGCCUCUAACUGGGCCGUGAUGAGCGAAUUUACCCGUGUUUACCUCCUGGAAGUCCGCGGAUUUUUUUUUAAACUAUUUUCUAAGUGUUUAUGGAUCCAUGCGUGCGCAAGGAUGAUUUUUAAGGUUUGUAUCCGAAUAUAGGUGCCUCUAACUGGGCCGUGAUGAGCGAAUUUACCCGUGUUUACCUCCUGGAAGUCCGCGGAUUUUUUUUUAAACUAUUUUCUAAGUGUUUAUGGAUCCAUGCGUGCGCAAGGAUGAUUUUUAAAGUUUGUAUCCGAAUAUAGGUGCCUCUAACUGGGCCGUGAUGAGCGAAUUUACCCGUGUUUACCUCCUGGAAGUCCGCGGAUUUUUUUUAAACUAUUUUCUAAGUGUUUAUGGAUCCAUGCGUGCGCAAGGAUGAUUUUUAAGUGGAAUACAUCGCGGGAUAUUGGCAGCAUCUCAAAGGCUCCCGUGGUCUGAGGAAAAGGAUCGAAAAUCAAAGAUCCAAAGUGGGUAGAAUCAUGGCUUUCCUUUCGUUUCUAACCGAGGGCCAGACAAUCUUCCAAAAUUGGACUUUCCUUUCCAAUAUGUCCAAGAUAUACCAAGCAUCUGCAGAAUGGUGGAAAAGCGGAGAACACAGUGAAGAUCUACCUGGUGAAUUUGUCCCAGUUCAUGGUCUACUUCAGGGACACUCCUCCAUGUACGUCCAGGGUUCCAAGAAGAGAAGUGUUUGCCGUGAUUCGUGCUAUCUCAGAGUGUAUUGCCAGCCUGGCUCCAUGUGUAGUCAUGCGUCAGAUAAGUGUGAAGAAAAAGAAGUUGAGCAGAACAAUCUCCAAACAUCAGCUUCACCUCUGUAAAGUCCAGGCCAGGAGACGCAUCCCUAAACUUCUUGACGGACUGUCUGAGGACCCCAACCCGGAGGCGCGAAGAAUGUUUUUUGGCUAUCUAAGUGUUUACCUAGCAAGCCUGUAUGGACACCGCACCGGUGUUCUAAAGAAUAUGACUGUGUCAGAGGUUGAUGAGGCCCAGCAGGAAGCCACCGUCGGGCAAGCGGGCUUUGUGAUCAAUGUGAAGGAACACAAAACCAACCGUGCGUUUGGCCCCGCACAGCUCUACUUAACUGUAGAGGAAUUCUCAUGGGUGGAGCAGUGGAUGAUCAUCAGACAGAAACUAAACCCACCCACAGACCUUCUUCUCUUCACCGAAAACUUCACAAAAAUCGAGAAACUCAUCGUGCCGAUGCAAGCCGCCUGGCUUGACAUGGGAUUUCCUGGGCGCCCUACAUUCACAGAUUUCCGGACAUCAAUAGCCACAUACGCAAGGAAUACUUUGUCACCAAGUGACCGGAUCAACAUUUCAAAGACCAUGUGUCAUGACACACGGACAGCAGACAAAUUCUACGCGCUCCACCGCACCGCGUCAGAGCUGGCUGAGAUCCGUCAGAAUUUCGAGGCAGCCGUCAAGCCACCACAUACUACGGUACAUGACACCGCCGAACCUUCCCUCCUCUCCAUGUCAGAAUCAUCAGGUGAUGGUCUUGAGGAGGAAGCGGACUGCGGGCCUUCACACAGCCCCCCUGCCGGUCCUUCGCACAGCCCCCCAGCCGGUCCUUCGCCGUCCUCACCAACAUCCAGUCGGGCCACUGGAUCAACAAGCCCUGAUCAAGCUUCUGGGAGCUGCUACAGUCCAGGCAGCGCCUCUUCUCAAAGCUGUUCUUCUGGGAGCGACUUCACGCCUGAUAGCGCCUCUUCUCAAAGCUGUUCUUCUGGGAGCGACUUCACGCCUGAUAGCGACCCUUCUCAGAGCGAUUCUUCGUAUGCCCCAAAUAGAGGGACACAACCCAGAAGGAAAAGACCAUUGUUAACCUACACGUUGAGAAGUAGACGUCAAGUGCGCGGUCAAUGUGCACGUGUGCUCAGAUCCAAACGAAAUACAGUAAAAAAAUAAAAAAAAUUUAAAUAAAUCAGUGGUGAUGUGACUGUAUUUGCUUUCUUUAAGAUAUUUCUCCAUUCAUUAUUCCUGGCAAAUAAAAUAAAAACUAAAA